AGUGGAUCACGAACGAGAAGGAAAUUGUUUAGAGAAUUAAUAAAGAUGAAUGAAGAAUUAUUUAGGGGGAGGAAUAAGGAGCUGCUGCAGCCCAGGCGUGCAGGAUGUUGGCGAUAUGCACUGAAACUGUCUGAGGUGAUCAACGGUAGAUCUAGGAUUUUCUACCCCAUUCAAUCUGCUGCUCCCGUAUGACGUCAUAGAAACUAUUCUUAGUAACGCAUAUGGCAACAGCAAACGAAUGGGAAUCCCGUCCAAAGAGGCCAAAGAACAAAGCUUCAAUCUCUGUGGGCUAGAGACCUGUAGUCGCGAUGAUCUCCGGAUUCCUCUUAGCGGCUCUUCUUCGUUUGACGUUCGCCUCUGAUCUCAAUGUGUCGACCAGCAAGUACAGCAGAAGCCACAACGACCUGUACGACGGUCCAGUGCUGGACACCGUUGUCGUGAGGUCCACCUCACACUGUGCCGCAGUGUGCUCACGGAACGACCGUUGUUACGCGUUUGAUGUUUGUCCACGAACAGGGUCUCUCAAGCAGGUUGAUUGCAGUCUCUUCGGCGACAGCAAUUUACAAGCUGGAAACUCUCUAAAACCUGGCACAGAGAAAAAAUGCUUCCAAAUGGUGCGACCAGAAGUGGCUAGUAAAACUUCAACCACUUCAUCUGUCGGGACUACGGAACCCUUGCGGUGUGAAAAUGGCGGAACUCUUGAGAACGGACGGUGUAGAUGUGCCAUACAAUAUGGGGGAACAACAUGCGAGCGACUCAUUAGAGACUGCACGGAGCCUUAUGAGAAUGGAUACAGAAAUUCUUCGACAGUUUCAUUACUUAUACAACCUGCAGGAACGUCAACACCCUUCUGGAUUGUUUGUGUUCUCGAUUAUGGCGGCCUUGGUUACAUUCUUCUACGGAACAGCCUGUCGGCUUCCUUCAACGUGAACUGGGCCACAGCAAGAACUGGGAUCGGAGACACCUCGUCAGCGAUGACUUUUUUCUCUAACUACUUCAUCGGACUCGAGAACCUCCACCACAUGCUCAGCCAGGCGGACUACAUGGCAAACGUGUAUUGCCAGUACGACGGGGAUGCUAAAGGAUGGGUAUAUUAUAAUAACUUUACUGUGGGACCACAGAACUCCUCUUACGCCAUGUCGUACCAGUCUACUUUCACCUAUUCCACUGACUACCUGGACGAUGGCUUCAAUUCUCAAGUCCCCAUUCUUUUCCACACCAUAGAUCACGAUCCAAACUCUGUUACAAAGGAUACCCCGGGUGGUUUAGUUCUAGCUGCACCGGGUACAGUCUUUUUGCCGACUGGUUACAUGGCCAGUAAAGGGAGUUCGUAAAAUUAUGUAUUAUCUAAAUAUUGGCGUGACGAGAAAAUCCAAUUUUACUGUCAAUUGAUAUGAACCAGAAUAUACGAACAUAGCUGCUAAUAAAUUAGGUGCGGGACAAAAAGAUGAUAAUCUAGAAAUUUUUUCUGUUUUGAAAAAAAUCCGAAAAUUCCAUGUCUGCUCAUUUCUCCGUUAAGUUUCGAAAGUUCCUCUCUUUCAUUUAUUUAAUUUUUUUUUUAGGGGAAGGGAAGGAUAAGUCAGUGCUGAGAAACUUUAGUUGAUUUACCAGCUGAUACUAAUUAGCUCGAAAAUUUUGUGUAUAGCAUUUACCCCACAGCAAAUUUUCAUGUCACAGGGAUUAGCUUAGAUUAUAAAACGACUCCGUGAUGGCGUUUAUCUUGCAACUUCCUUUUAAAGGCUAACCCGAGUGUGACUUCUUUCCAAAAUAAUUGGGCUAGUCAGACACUAAUUUGUAUAGCUUCAACCCAAAAUGAAACUUAUUCAGGAGAUACAAUCCUUUAAACAGUUCUCAUCUGGGUUUUAGAAAAUGGUCUCGACAUUUUUGCGUCGUCAGAAAAUUAUAUUAUCAACGCCUGAUUAGUAAUUUUUAUCUCUGUUUCAUGGCUGUGGACAUAGGCGACCUCAGUAAUUAAGUAAGUAAGAUCAAGACAAGAGUACUUUUUUCAUACAAAAUGAACUAUUGACUGCGCGUAUUUAUUCAGAAGGUUUUUUUUUCCUAUUAAAAAAAUAGUUGGCGACAUAUUGUAUUAAUUGUAGCAAUUUUAAGCCUAACUUUAUCUUGGGCUCUGGCUAGCCUUUACAUCCAUUUUCUCUCGUGCAUCAAAUGCUCUCCAUCUCCAUUUUACGAAAUAUCAAAACGCCACCAUAGCAGAGGUCCUUUUCAAAUCACAGCAAAUGGUAAGCAAAAGAUGCUGUUGACAUAACUGGACCUGCUCAGUCGCAUUAAUAUCUCCCUGUUUACUUUUGUCAUUUUCAAAUCCUUUGUGGUUUGCGGAGUCCCUCGUGCAUUUUUCUGCUUUGUCGAAGUCGAUUGUUGGUCACGGAUAACGGAAUGUUCGUCUUCAUGGUUUACAGUCCACGUAUAGUUUUACACCGCGCGCUUUCGGCAAAUAUUUGUACGUUAAACACUUCGCCGUUAUGUGUGUCCUGUGGUCUUCUUUGUGUGUACACGCAUGCGCACAACCUGCCUAAAGAUUCAUUCGUCGCUUCAGCGAGGUGCCUACACAGUUUAUUUUUGCAGUUAUGGCAAUCUUCUGGAUUAUGGUGCAGAUACCCUAUCCUAACCUUCUAAAAUGGUUUUAAACGUUCUAGAUUAUUCUUCGAGUUAAUAAUUUGUUCUCGAAUUUCUGAACAUAUGUUUUUUAAAACUAGUGAACGAUUAGAAAAUCACAACUGUAUGUUCAUACGUGACUAAGGGAAAAAAUGUAAAUAUUUUCUCACAUUCUCUUUUCCCUUGUGCUCCUUCUUUCCUUUAUCCACUCGUUCAUACCUUUUCUCUUUUCUUCUUUAUUAGGGAGAAUAGGCUACCUCCUUUACAAAACAGUUCCUACUUUUAUUCAUUACCUCUAAAUAAACAAUGUUGUAUAAGAUCCUACUACACUGCUUCUUUUUUAAUGUGAAAAAAUAAAAUAUUUGCGAAAGGUUUAAGAGCUCGGUAACUGAAGAUUUUUUCAAUGUUUGUUGUAAAGUUACAAACGAGAAAAUCAAAUGCACUAAUUGUACAGUCUGGCAUGAUUGUUACCUUCACUCUCACUUGGAACUUUUCUGAAAAAGAAGCUAGAAUAAUGCUGUCUCUGGUAUCUGAUAGCAGAAGCCAUGGAGAAGGUAGCUCUUUAACUGCUGCCUUUGCGGACCUCUUCAUAUGUGUCAUAAUUUACAGAUUCUGAAGACCGCUACUUAGCCUUAAAAGUGAAAAAAUGCAUACAUCAGUGUUUGUUGUACUUUAAAUUUUAGGAUAAUUUAAGUGUAUGUAACUACUCAGUCUCAAAAACAUUAAGUUGGCAGAUGGGGAAGAAGAGAGAGACUGUCAGCAGUGUCACUUAAAAACACAUUGUUUAUUAACCAUGCACUGCUUUUGACUGUAGCCGUAUUGUAUUAUUAGGGUUAGAGCUACUCUCUGGUGGCUUCCUAGUUUUCGACUUGGGUGUUUCAGUGGUCUUUUUUUGGGGUAUAAAAUCCGUGGGUAGACUCGUCUCUUCCAAUCCGUCAUCUCCCUUACACGCUCUCUCUCUCUCUCUCGAGCACGCAUGCAAUCACACACACACAGAAAAGAAAUCGGGAAAUAACUUUACCAAAGGACAACAAUGUUCCCUCUUAUCGAUUCGUCCCAGCUUUCUCUCCUUCCUCUUCUGACAUGGUAUCUCUACAUCACAAAAGCAAAUGCAACGGAAUGCGUUUUUUUUUAAAGAAAUAUUUGCUGAGAGCUGUUUUCUAUUGACACACUUCACCAUGAUAGGACAUCCAGCCAGGGCAAGCGAGUCUGUAAUAACAGAGGUGUUACAUUGCCUUGACAACAGCAUUUGGCGUGCAUCCGUCAUAACAAAACUUACAUUACCUUGACCACAGUCUUUGACAUCCUUAGGUCAAAGCUUAUAGUAUUGCCAUGACAACAGGAUUUGACAUUCUGCUCGUAUCUUGUCAUUGCACGUCCCUCAUUUUCUUUUUCUGAUUCAUGUACGUCGAGUUCUUUGUUCAUUUUUUCUUUCUUAGCACAGGCAUUCGGAUUAUAUUCAACAUUUCUUCCCUGAGUGCAUAAUAGUCAUAUUACCUUUACCUCCAGUGUAUGUUUGUAUCGAUACACCGUUUCUGAAUUUCAUUUACACGUACAUUUUCAUUUAGUUGGGUCCCCCUCCCCCUGCGUCUUUUAACUAUCAGUUGUAGCAUUAGUGCUUUGUCUUUAUAAUCAUCAAUGCGUGCUUUUUCAAGUUUUGAAAACAUGUAUACCUAUUUUGCAAAAGAAUAAAAGCUCUUUUAUACCAUUUUGAUGUAUGUAAAAUGCUUCAAUUUCUGCAUCGUGUGCAAUCCCCUACGCGGUCAUUAAAAACUUCGGGCUCGAACGCACACACUAAAUCCAAAGCAUCUCCUUGUUUGUAUUUCCUGCUGUGGCCAUUCUUUACCUUGUGAAUCUAAUGUUCAUAUGGGCUGUGACAUUACGGUGAAAACAUUAUCACAUGUCGCUGGAAUUUACCAACAUCCCGGUGGUGGAAUCGAUCUCUUGAUUGCGCGGAGCCAAAACUGGUGACGUCAUUUCCCGUGACCCUCUGUCAACCUUUAAACGGGCAAACCAAACGAUGAUAAAACAGAAUGUGUAUUCACAUCGGCCGUCUUAUCUUUUAGGAACUUUUAACCUUGCAUCUAAAUCGGAUCUUGUCCGAUUUGCACGUGCAACUUGUUCAGCAAAUGACAGGAGUGAGUGAAUGCACAGCGUUGGAUAUCCUCUCUGGUCGCGUGUUGGGCAACACAGCUUUAUUUUCCUUUUUUGUAAAAAGUCGUUUAGGGACGAUAUUCGAAAUCUAUUGAACAUUUUUGUUCUAAAACAGGAGAGUGGUUAAAAACUAUACAGACUUGCUGCAACAUUGUGGCAGUCGUAAACGCAGUCAUCUAGUUUAUGUUUACUCUGGUUACUUCUAUUUCCAAGACCUUGCUUCUAAUAAAGUAAUUUAAAUUCUUUUAGGGCACUUGCGACUCCUUGUCCACUUGAGCCACAUCUUUAGAAAGCUACUUUUUUUAAAAAAUUUCAUUCUUAUUACAAAGAAGAAAAAAGAUUAAAAACUGAAAAAAUCAUCCAAAUACAAGUACCACUCUAUAGCUUAUUUAUUUAUUUGAUGUAAACUAUUUGUUAAUCUUGAUUACAUCUUAGCAUAUUUAAUUUGAAAGCUCGAGGUUUUGUUAAAGAACGUCAAAAAGCAACUGUGGCCUCUGGUCAAGAUGAGUUGCCAUGCUCUGCACGCCCGUUACUGGAUUAAGACACAAGUAAACUGUGUCUUCAACUGUGGAUGGAAACAUACACUAUUAUUAAGGUCACUAGCUGUCUCUCUCCAUGCUUUUUCUGGUGAAGGGUUGGGAAGACUGAAUAACGCUGAUCAUUCCGUUUGCAAAUACUGUUGUAUAGAAGACUAAAUGCAAUCAAGAUAGAACUAGAGGUCAAAUACAUUUACUAUGAAACCAAUGCAUAGAAGAAAAGCGGAAUUAAUUCUUCAUAACCUGUUGAUCUCAAAAUUAUCCUUUCAACGCAACAGAAAAUGGUGAAAGCAACUAGUUCCUGUUUUCUUAAAAAGCCGCCAGCAACAAGAUAAAUUUCAGAAAUGUUUGUGUGAGCCAAAA